ACUCUGUGGCUUGAAAAUGGCGGCCUACCUGUUCUGCCUGACGGCGGAGGGGGGAGUGCCCCUGUUUUCCAGAACUAAGGGCGAUCUAAAACCGCUACCCUUCCCUGUCAUAGGUUCGCUAAAUGGUGUGCACAUGUUUGCCAGCAAUCAAGCAGUAUCAUUACUGUCCACAACUACUGAUGAUGCUAAAGUUGUAUGGCGAGUAUUUCAUGACAGUCUGACAUUGAUCAUGGUGAGUGGAGAUGACAAUGCCUGUGACUGCCACUUUAACCAGCUACUAAACCUAGUCUUCCAGUCUAUGGUGCUAGUGUAUGGCCAGGAUGAUCUCAUCCACAUCAAAAAUGUGGAGAGGUUCAAGAAAGAGAUCAAGGUAUGCUAUCACAUGGUGGACACCUUACUCAGCCAUGAUGAGUUGUCUACCUUUAGCGAUGUCACAAAUGCUGUGGACACUAUUCUUGCCCCAGAAAAUCAAGUAUUGCAGGCAUUUCUAGAUGCGUUUGUGGAAGCUGCAGACAGUUCAUACGGCUGCCUAUUAGUGCACGGGAAGGUGGCUGUGGCCACGCGGAAAUGGUGGACAUUCACUUCCACAGAGCUAGUUCUCCUCUCCAUGAUUGUGGCUGCCUCUCCAAAAUGUUCGUCUCGAGAUAUUCCAGUGUUCCUGCCACACACCAGCCCUACGGUGCCCCAUCGCCUGCUGACCUACCAGCUGAUGAAGGGUGUGGAGGUGUGUGCUGUGUGCGGCCCUAACCCUUCACUGGCCAGUCUCGAGAUGGAGGUAGGUCGAUUCUGGAGAGCAGCGUAUGAAUCUUUAAAAGCUGUGAGUCGGCUUCAUCCGCGGAACUUUCCUACCAACAUGCCUAUUGACCAAAACAUUCUGGGGUUUCUACUUGUGAAUGUUGAAUCUCACAAGAGCUUGUGCACAGUUCAGCCCAUGGAAGAAGACACCCGGAAAACAGGCAAGACAAUGGGCACCAUGAGGAGGAGGGAAAUUCUCAGGUCAUUCUAUAAAUAUGUAGUGGGGACUUAUUUUCCAUCCACUAUAGAAGGAAGCUCGGAAGAGCCUAGUCAGUUCAGUCACAAAGUGCUGGAGACUUACAUCACCUCUGACACACACAAAUGCUACGCCAUCCAGAGUGGGCCUCAUCAGAUGUUUGCUCUCUUUCAACCCUGUCAUCCCCACCUUCGCAAUGAGAUCUGUAACACAGAAGACAAUGACUAUGUUUACCAAAGACAAGACUGUCCAUUUAUAACACAUCAUAAUCUUUUACUAAAUGUCAUUCCAUCAGGACAGCAAAGCUUUUUCUGUAUAGGUCUAGUUAAUAUCAUUUUCUGGUUGCUGAUAUUUUACAAGAAUAUGAACAUGUGACGUCUUAUGUAUUUCAAAGCUAUAUUUAUGCUUCUUAUGUUGAUAUUAUGGUUCUUCAAAACUAUUGAAGAUUAUUUGACAGUUAACGUUUGUAGCAGAUGGUAUGGUUAGUGGUAGCAAAGUUUAUUCAGACAGAAGUUGUUUUCAAGUCUGUUACAGAGGAAUAUGAUGUUUUCAUGAGAUAUAAGCCAGUUUUUAUCUAAGUUGUACUUUUUGUACAUUAAAUAACCAAAUAACCGCUUCUUGUGCUGACUUAUGGCUAGACUGGAUCUGAAGAUGAUUCUCAGCCUGUCUCAUGAUACCUCUCUUUUUGGUGAAGUCUUAAGCAACACCAAUUAUUUUUUGUAUGAAUGGGCAAGCCUCAAAAUUAACAUUUUUAUUUUGUCCUAUGUUGAUGUUUUUCAAGGCAUUCCAAUGGUGUACAUGUAAAUAUCAUUUUCAACAGUAAAUAUUUCUAAGAUGACCCACGUUUUCCACAAUUUUGAUAAUUGUCAAGAGUUUUUUUAUUUUACACCUUCCUCCUUCACUGCAGAAAGAUUUAUUUGGCCUGUAAAAUAACAAAUUAAUUGGUGUCACCUAAGAAAACAAAUGAGUUAAAAAGCCAACUUCAUUUCCCUUCCCAAAAAAUGGAAGCAAGAAUUUGACUGGAUUUUCUUCAGAUCUAGAACAGGUCAGCAACAAGUCAGUGUUAGGAAUGGCUACUAUAUGUGGAUGUUUACUGCGAUUGAAAGUGGACUUCACCUGAAGUUUAAUAUUUUUCAAGUGGCACAUUUUGCUUGGUUCUGAUCGAUUCAUCCACUUUAUAAGGCAGCUUAAGAAUUUUUCUUAAAUUUUGAUUAAUUUCUUCUCAACAAACCCUGUGUUGGUAUCAGAAGUAUCAUUUUGAGGACUUUAUAGAGUAUUCUGAAUGAAAUGUUUAUUUCCAGAAUCUUUGCUACUCAAUUAUCAUUGGCUUGCUAUUGUUCUGUGCAGUGCUCAGCGGUAUCAAGUGAUGGUGGUUAGGUUUGUGGGUGAUGGGGACAGGGCAGGGCCCACAGGAAAGCAUCAAGGCCAUUCCUUCUCCUGACACACAAACCCUCCAACACAGAAGGCU